AUGGCUGAACCUAAGAAAACAUGUAGACAAUAUAGUAUUCAAUAUUUGAACUAUGGCUUUAUUCAGUCGCCUACAAACAGUAUAUUACCAAUGUGCCUGAUUUGCCAAAACGUUUUACCAAAAGAAGCUAUGAAGCCUUCAGGACUACAAGAACAUUUGACAAAAGUUCAUGCUGAUAAGAAAGAUAAGGAUUUAUCUUAUUUUCAAGCAUUUAAAGAAAACUUUUUGAGACACCCGACAUUGGCAAAAGAUGACAAUGGGCUGCGUGCUUCUUACAACAUUUCAUUACUGGUUACUAAAUCGGGAAAACCACAAUCUAUUAAUUAUACUAUAAGUGAGGUAAUGCGCACCAUGCUACACAAGCCAGCAUCUUAUAUUACCAAGAAAAUUUAUUUGAGCAAUAAUAUAGUUCAAUGGAAAAUUGAUGAAAUGGCUCAAGGUGUUGAAGAUUCAUUAUGUGAGUAUUUAAAAACAUCCCAGUUCUCUAUACGGCUUGAUGAGUCAAAUUUGCCAGGAAAUGAAGCCUUUCUUUUAGCAUAUGUGUGAUUCAUAAAAGAGGGGAAAAAUUGCCAAGAAUUAUUAUUAGCUAAAAAUUUGCAAAUUGAUACCAAAGGAAAAUCGAUAUUUCAUGCAUUGGAACAGCUUUUUAAAGAAAAAGAAAUUCCCCUGAGUAAUAUAUUGCCAAUUGCUACUGAUUAUGCUCCAGUAUUAAAAAAAGUGGUUCCAAAUGUUAUCACUGUACACUGUGUCAUUCAUCGUCAACAUCUAGUUGCCAAAAAUCUGAGUGAAUGCCUACAUAGGUCAUUAUAUUAUGUCAUUAAAGUGGUCAACAAAAUCAGAAGCAAUUCAGUGAAUGACAGAUUGUUUGGACGUCUUUUUACUGAAAAUGAUUAAGAAUACAAUCACUUGCUGCUUCAUACAGAAGUCUGUUGGCUAUCAAAAGGUGCCUGUUUGAAUCAGUUUUAUAAGCUCUUUGACUCAGUGCUAGAGUUCCUAGAAAACAAAGAUGAUGCUUUACGAUCCAACUUGAACUUGAAUUUAGAACGAGGGGAAUUCAGCCAGUUUCCAAAUUUAUCAACAGUAGAAAAACAUGAUGAAGGCUUGCUUACCUAUUGUCAGCACUUGGAGGCUCUCUAUUCUGACUUUAAUCAACUAUUUGAAGAUAUUCUUACAAUGAACAUGCCCGACUGGGUUUUGGACCCUUUUUCAAGUACAGACACAGAAGAAUCUCCAUAAUUACAAGAAGAACUUAUAGAAGUAACAACAAAUGAGUAACUGAAAUUUAAAUUCAAAGAUGGCUACCAGCAGUUCUGGGUGCAAAAGCACAUACCUACACUUUAUCCUGAAUAAUGAGAUGUAGUACAAAAGUUUCUAAUUGCAUUUCCUUCAACAUAUUUAUUGGAAUGUGGGUUCAGUGUGGUCACAAUUCUGUUAACUAAAAAAAGAAACUGACUGCAAAUAGCUAAUCGUGGUGAUUUAAGAUUGCUACUUACAAAAAUAGAGCCAAACAUUAAUAAAUUGAUAGCAGCGCACCAGGUUCCUCCAAUUAGGAUUAUUUGUAAUGUUAUUUGUGAUUUUUAUUUGAAUAUUAUCCUUCAUUAUCUUAAUUUCCUGUGCGUAUGCAAAUGUUACUAUGGUUGA